AUGGUGGCAAUGCAGGGAAUGGAAGUUGGCAGAGGGGAGAAUGCUUUCUCCUCCCAGCCCAACUCACCGAAGAGGCUGCUGCUAAACCCGUCCCACACGCAGCCCACGGUGUCCCAGACCCAGCCGUUCCUCAGGCAGGACACGAAGAUCUUUGGGUACUUCUCCUCUGAAGAAGAUUCUCUUGCUUCCCAGAUGGAUGAAGAAAAUUUGGUUUUUCUUGUUUCCAGAAAACAGCGAGUUGUAAUUUCAGGUAGUAGAAGACGGGAUGUGAUUAAAUGCAUUGUCAAGAUCCCUCAGUUGGAUUUACUAAUAACAGCUUCUCAGAAAGGAUUAAUAACAGUCUUUAAUAGCCAGAUGAGAGUCCAGACCAGCACCAAUGUCACGGACACCUCCUGGAUCACAGGAUGUGAUUACCUCUCACAGCUGAAAAGAAUCGUUGCCACUACAGAAAGGACCAUCAUUGUCUGGGAUUAUAAAGCUCAAGGCAGUGGCCAGGAAAACUAUUUUGUCAUAAAGCCUAUGGAUCACUGCCUCCUUUGUGUGUGUGUAGUGUCUCUGCCCGACCAGCUCUGCAGAGAUGAUAUCCUUUUGGGGGAUGAUGGUGGUUUUGUGAACAAAUUCACCAUAAAUAGUGAUGACUUUGGACUAAAGCAGGCAAAAUCCAAAAAAACACUACAAAGCCAAGUCUUAGACUCAAAGAACUUUAAAAGGCCUGUCAGAGAGUUCUCCAUGCCAAGAGGAGCCAACACUUUCUGUUACUGUACAAAAGCAAAUGUGAUUGUCACUGGAGGAGAUGACAAGGUGCUGCGGUUGUGGCACCCAAACAUCAGCACCAAGCCGGUGGGGAAACUUGUGGGGCACAUGUUCAGCAUCACGGAGAUCGUAACAAAUGAGAAAGAUCAACACGUCAUCAGCCUCUCCUCUGCAAAGGUUUUCAGGGUGUGGGAUGUACAGACUCUUUCGCUAUUACAAGUCUUCCAUGACAGCCAUGGAGGACCAGGAGACAUGCAGAUUUAUUCUAUGGUUUACGAUUCCAAUCAUGGCAUGCUUAUUACAGGAUCUAGUGUCAUGGACAUGUACCCUCUGACCAGAAUGGUACAAGAUACAAAACAGAUUCCUCACACUCAUGAACGAGAAAUCAAUGUCAUGCUUUACAACAGAUAUUUUCACCAAGUACUUACUAUCUGUUCUGAAUCCAUCAUUAAGGUUUGGGAACUCAAGACUGGCCUCCAAAUAUACCAGAUUUUAGACCCUCAUGGCUUCAGUGUUGAACUGACUUCUGCAGCUAUUGAUGAAACUGGAUUUCUUUUUGCCACAGGAGCAUAUAAUGGAACAAUUAAAAUCUGGGAUUUCGGCAGUGGGCAGGAGAUGAAAGUGUUGCCGGAAGGGAAAGACUGGAAGGAGGAAGAACAUUGGCUUCAGCGCCUGAUUUUCCUGAAAGCCCAGGAAAAACACCAGCAUUUGGUCCUCACCUUGGAGUGCAAUGGGAAAAUCAAAAUGGUCCAGGGUAAGGAAGAGGAUGCGUAUCUUGUGGUGAUAUGGGAGCUGCCCAAUGUCAUGCCUUUCCUACAAGACGUGAAUCACACUGUGCAUCUGAGGACAUCUCCUAAACAUAGGAGCAUGCGUAUUCCUUUCCCAGAUGUUGAGCUAGUAGAGAAAAACUUUUCUCAACAUGUUAAUGUAAGUUUCAUUUCUUGUAUGGAAGUGAACUGCAUUGAUUUAUUGCAAGUAGAAGGAUAUAAUUUGAUAGCUGCUGGAACCUUAAAUGGUGUGAUUAUCUUAUGGAAUUUUGUAAACUCUACUGUCAAAGAACUGUACAGACCUGAAGAUUGCUUCACUGUGGAUCCUGAUUUGGAUCCCAAACGCUUUAGAAUUAACAACAUACUGUUCCUCUUUCGAUCCUCUGAAUGUGCAAGGAGAUCGAGUCAGGAUUCCGUGUGCUCUUCGUCUCAAUGUGAUUCUAGUAAAGGUCCACAGAGUAACAAGGGAAGCAAGCAGAGCAUACAUGACAAUGAGGUUAAAGGUGAGAAAACUGAUGUCACAGCGGGAGAGCAACAGCUGGUGGACAAAAAACAACCUGGGGGCACCAAUGUAGUUGAUACUCAGCCCCCUGUCAUUGUCACCGCUCAUGAGGAUGGACACCUUCGCUUUUGGACUAUGGAGGGAAAACUGCUGAAAAAUAUGCUGCCUUUCACCAAACAUUCUGCCAUUUCUCUGACGUCACUAUAUACGGAUUCGUGCACCAGGGUACUUCUGACCGGGAAUGUGGAAGGACAUGUUAUCCUUUGCAGUAUUAGUUCCUUCCUGGAUCCACCUCACGAAGAAAAGAAAUUGAAGCAGCUGCUUGCCUGGCGAGCUCAUUCUUUAGAAAUUAUUCAAGUGAUCUACGUAGAAGACAAGCAAAUGGUUCUUACUGCCUCCAUCGAUGGAUCAGUAAGGCUUUGGCAUGCCUUCAGUGGUCAUUACUGUGGAUAUUUUGGGCAGCAAAGAAUGUUUGAAAUAUCACAAACAAGUGAUUUCAUUUUGCCAUGUGAUGUUAAUGAAUAUCCUGUAGAAAUAAAAGAAGAAAACAAGUUCACAGAGAAGAAGCAAAAAUAUGAAUAUCCUCUGGUAUUUGACCAGCAAAAAUGGAAAAAAAUGAGCUCAAUGUCUUUGCUUUUCAAACGUACACCUCCCAAGGCUUUUGAAGUGGAUCAUGACUUUAAGUUUUUCAAGUCUCUUUCUUCUCCCAAGAUUCAAAGACGGGCCUUAGAAGGAUUCCUGACGGAAAACAGAGAGGCAGGGAUUGUUUUUGGUUCUCUGCCUAUAUAUAGGGUACAGAGCCCCACCAGCCUAAGAUUCCUUCCACUCAUUGGCUCAGACGCACAAAGGGAGUCUGCAGAUGGCAUUUCAGGAAAAAAGAAGGGGAUUCAUGUUCAACAUGAAAAAAUGUCACGAAGGAGAAGUCUGAAAAGACAUUUAGUCCCACAAAUAAAUCUGGCUUCUUCCUUCUUCCCAUUCAUCUCCAAGUGA